AUGACACAACUCAAUUCAGAGCGUGAGGAUGACCGACUACUCAAACCGUGUGAUGUCUUCGACCUGAUUGGAGGUACAAGUACAGGAGGACUGAUCGCUAUAAUGCUCGGACGGCUGGAAAUGGGGGUCGAGGAGUGUAUCCUUGCAUACACCGAAUUGAUGGAAUCGGUCUUCAGCGAGAAAAUCAACAAUGUACCUGUCGAUUGGUCCGGGAAUAUCGUAUCACAGUACGACAGCAAGAAGCUAAAAAUGGCGAUUGAAAACGUGAUCCUUCGUGCUGGGUUGUUGCCAACUGACCUGAUGAAUGAUGGGAAGCCUCGUCGCUCUAAAACCUUUGUCUGCACAACCUCCAAAGAUACAUUUCAAGUCACACGAGUUCGAAGCUAUUCUGUGUCAAAUGAGAUCGCGCUAUCAGCAACGAUUUCUGAGGCGGCAUUGGCAACUUCGGCUGCAACCAGAUUUUUUGAUUCGGUUUCGAUCGGCAAUCACAAAUUCGUGGACGGUGCAUUCGGUGCCAACAACCCUAUCGAGGAAGUAGAAGAAGAAGCUGCCGAUAUAUGGUGCACUACGAGCCGGGCCCUGAAACCAUUAGUUAAAUGUUUGGUGUCUGUUGGAACUGGCAAUGCCGCACAAGUCCCCAUGAAUGACAAUGUGCUGAAAUUUCUUUCAAAGACAUUGGUCAGAAUGGCGACUAAGCCCGAGAGUACUGAGCGUCGCUUCGUGGCUCGAUGGAGUAAUGAGGUAAAAGGGAAACGUUACUUUCGCUUCAACGUCGAGCAAGGACUGCAGCAAGUCCACAUGACCGAGUUUGAGAAGCAAAGUGUGAUGGAGUCUGCGACAUACGCCUAUCUGCAUCAUUCCUCGCAAAAGGUUCGAGUCCGUGACUGCAUUAUGAAUCUCUCAGAAAAGGAGGGAAAGACAAGCAUUGAUUUUGAAACAAUUAUACGUGAGCAUGGAGCUCGAAUCGAUCGCUAUCGAAUCCUCCAAACCAUCCAUUUAUCAGAGAGCAAUUUUGGUCACAGAAAAGCCGCCGGCUGGUUUGUUCCGCUCGAGAGGAAUCCUCGAUAUGUCGAUCGUGAAGUCGUGGGCAAGGUAAAACGAAGAUUAUUUGUUAAGAACCGAGCCGAAAGAAUUGCUAUUUUUGGCCUUGGAGGAAUAGGGAAGACACAAAUUGCCCUGGAGCUUGCUUAUCAAACACGAGAAAUUUAUCCAGACUGUGCGAUCUUCUGGCUCCCUGCAGUUGAUAUGGAAAGCCUCCAACAGGCAUACCAAACGGUGGCUGAUCAGCUUGAAAUCGGCCUCGAUGAUACGAGGGAGGACUUGAAGACCCGUGUCAAAGAUUACCUGAGCAAACCAAGCAACGGACGUUGGUUGCUGAUUUUUGACAACGCUGAUGAGAUUGAUAUGUGGACUGAAAGCAAUGGUUCGACACCUGGAGGACUGAAAGACUACCUUCCCACAAGUGACCAAGGCGCCAUUCUCUUUACCACUCGAAGCAACAAAGUGGCCCAAUACCUUGCCACAACGGACAUUAUAAAAAUACCAGAGCUGGACGAGAACAAAGCUACUCAUAUCUUGCGAAACUCUUUGGUUGACAAGGACGUCCUUCACGACACUGAGAGCACUCGCAAGCUUCUCGACCGGUUGACCUUUCUCCCUUUAGCCAUUGUGCAAGCUGCGUCGUUUAUCAACGAGAAUGGAACCACCUUGGCAGGUUAUGUUGAGCUUUUGGAUGGACAAGAGCAGAGCGCCAUCGAUUUGUUGAGCGAGGAUUUUGAAGACAAAGGCCGAUACAAAAGCAUUCGAAACCCUGUCGCAACUACCUGGCUUACAUCCUUUGAGCAAAUUCGACGACAGAGUCGCCUUGCUGCCGACUAUCUAUGUUUUAUGGCCUGUAUGCAAGAAAAGGAUAUAUUGGUUUCGCUCCUUCCCCCACAUCCGAAUGUCGAACAGCAGAAAGCGAUCGGUUUGCUCAGCUCCUAUUCAUUUGUACGCCUAAGGCAUGAAGACUCUCGCCUCGAUAUGCAUCGUUUAGUCCACCUUGCAACGAGAAAUUGGCUACAGUCAAUUGGUUCCCUGCGAGAAUGGCAGUUACGUGUGUUGAGUUGUUUAGAUAUACGCUUUCCCGAUAUUGAUAUAAUGUAUCGGAGUCAAUGGCGAGCUACAGUACCUCAUGCCCUCCGGAUCCUCACUCUGACACAAAAAGAAGAUCCUUCCCCCGAAAGAGUCCAUUUGUUAUUUAAGGUAGCCACAUGUCAAAUGAUUGACGCGAGGAGCAAAGAAGCCGAAGCCCUUUAUGGUGAAGUCGUCGAAAUCUCGGAGACAAUGCCUGAUCUUGAAGGUUCAUGGACAAUUUCGGCUCUUACAGGACUGGUAGAUAUCUACAUGGAUCAAGCCAAGACGGAGAAAGCCCUCAUAUUGUUGGAGGAGAUAAUACAGACCCAAAAGCGACUUCAUGGUUCGGGUAGCCUUGAAGUGAACCGAGCUCUUGCUCACUUAUCGGCUUGCUACAUUUUAGCCCAUGACGUCGAGAAGGCUCAAGCUCUUUACAAGGAGGUCAUUCCAUACUAUCUCAAGACACUUGGUCCCACUCACGCGGAGACAAUGGAUUUGAUAUCUCGCUUGACCAUGGCCUACCUCUACAAUGGACAGCUCUCAGAUGCGACAGAGUUAUCUGAGCAGUCGUUGCAAAUCACCAGAAGGAUAUUCGGAUCUGAGCAUCCUCGAACAUCUAAGGUCAUGGUUAGGAUGGGCAUAAUAUAUUUGGAGCGAUGGCAACUAAAAAAAGCCGAAGCGUUGUUUACAGCAGCACUGGAGAUCGAUAAACGCAUCUGUGGGCCGGAACAUCCCAACACAAUCUCAAUAAUGGGGUGGCUAGCUACUACAUGGAAAUACCAGGGGCGAAGCAAGAUUGCAAUAGCCUUGAAGACGGAGUGCGUUUCUUUGAGUGGUCGAGUCCAUGGUUUAGAUCAUUCGUGGACCAAAGCUCAAUACUCACAUUUGGAGGCAUGGACUAAUCCCAAGUAA